AUGAUUCUCUCACGAACUAAAGCAGCCGAUGAUCCAAAGAAGAAAGGAGCUACCCCAGCACAAGAUAAAAAUAAAAAGAAAGUCGGUGAAGUCGAAGAUUUUAUUGCUGAACGGGAUUAUACAGGUGCAAUUGCUUAUCUUGAAUUUUGUCGACAAAGCGGAAAAGAAGUUAAAGAUCUUGAUCUUUGGUUAGGAUUUGCAGCAUUUCAUGCUGGAGAUUAUCAACGAGCAAGUGAUGAAUAUGAAAAUAUUCUCAAAAAUGAUCCACGAAAUGGUCCAGUACAAAUAUAUCUUGCUUGUUGUUAUUUUAUGUUAGGAAAAUAUGAUGAAGCUGAACAAACAGCGUCAAAAGGUCCAAAAUCUGCACUACAAACACGAGUUUUAUUUCAUGUUGCACAUAAACAAAAUAAUGAAGAAAAAUUAAUGGGUUUACAUCGACAAUUACAAGAUGUUAUUGAAGAUCAAAUGUGUCUAGCUAGUAUGCAUUAUAUGAGAAGUCAUUUUCAAGAAGCAUUAGAUAUUUACAAACGUUAUUUAGUAGAAAAUCGUGACUAUUUAGCAUUAAAUGUUUAUGUAGCACUUUGUUAUUAUAAACUUGAUUAUUAUGAUAUAUCACAAGAAGUUCUUGAUGUAUAUUUAAAAAAGAAUUCAGAAUCAGCAACAGCAACAAAUUUACAAGCAUGUAAUCAAUAUCGGUUAUAUAAUGGAAAAGCAGCUGAAAAUGAUCUAAAACAAUUUCUUGAAAAAAUGAGUACAUCAUUUAAUUAUGCUAAAGAAUUGUUUCGUCACAAUAUGGUUGUUUUUCAAAAUGGUGAAGGUGCACUUCAAGUCUUACCACCAUUAGUAGAUGUUAUUCCCGAAGCACGUUUAAAUUUGGUCAUUUAUUAUCUUAAAGAGGAUGAUCUUGAUCAUGCUUAUGAUUUAAUGAAAGAUGUUGAACCAUUACAACCAGCUGAAUAUAUAUUAAAAGGUGUUGUCAAUGCUGCUUACGGACAAGAACAUAAUUCACGUGAUCAUAUUAAAACAGCGCAAUCUUAUUUUCAAUUAGUAGGUGGUUCAGCAAGUGAAUGCGAUACUAUCCCUGGACGACAAAGUAUGGCAUCCUGUUAUUUUCUUCAUAAACGUUUCGAUGAUGUUAUCGUUUAUUUAAGUUCAAUAAAAACUUAUUUCUAUAAUGAUGAUACAUUUAAUUUCAAUUAUGCACAAGCAAAAGCUCAUGAAGAAAAAUGGAAAGAAGCAGAAGAAGUAAAUAUUUUAUUUAAAAAAAUAUUAUUAAUGAAAUAUGUUUCUUUUUGUGUUCUUACAAAGGCAUUUUUACUUAUUCAAAGUGAAAAAUUAAAAAAUGAUUAUGUUUAUUUAAGUUGGUUAGCACGAUGUUAUAUUUAUAAUGGUAAACCACGUCUUGCAUGGGAACUUUAUCUUAAAUUAGAACAUUCCAAUGAAUCGUUUUCAUUACUUCAAUUAAUAGCUAAUGAUUGCUAUAAACGUGGACAUUUUUUUUAUGCUGCUCGCGGUUUUGAUAUUCUUGAACGUAUGGAUCCAAAUCCAGAAUUUUGGGAAGGUAAACAAGGUGCCUGUGCUGGUGCAUUUCAACAAAUAGUUGCUGGUCAUGAACCUCGAGAUACACUGCGUGAUAUUUUAUCAUUGUUACGGAAUACAAAUCAUCCACAAGGAGAACAAAUGAUUAAAAUUAUGCGAUCAUGGGCAAGAACAAAUAAUAUUCCAGUUUAA